AUGUCCUGGCGUGAAACAGCACCCAGCCGCUAUGAGCGCCCUUUCGAUACCAUCGAGCGUUUGCACCGCAACAUGGCGAAUUCCGGUGCUCAUCUGGACAAACAGCACUCGCUUGUCUCGAGCGCUGUUCAACUCACGCAACCUCCUUCUGCAAUGAAUCUGCGACACGCGUGGAAAGCCCUUCGUCAUCGGCAUCCACAGAUCGCAGCAUGCCCAGAUGACAACGGGGCCAACUUCACCACUUGGACACCGUCCUCCUGCCCUCCGACCAAUUCCUUCCUGCUGUACUAUCUUCCCCAUUCCCGGGAACUCCUGUUCCGCUCGCCACAUUGGCGAACAGACGGGAGAGGCAUGCUCCUCCAACACGACUUCUUCACCAUUCUGGCCACGGGUCCAGAAUCAGAUCCAACCCCCCUGUGUGAUGGAUCCGAGACCUCCCGACUGCCCGCGCCCCUCGACGACGCCGCCGGUCUCUCCCAGACCAUCACACCCGCCAUAGACGAUGCAUCCUCUGCAGCGCUCUCUUCGCUAUUCUCCGGCCCAACCCCCGCCUCCAUCCGGGCCCCUCCACCCACCAGCACCACCAGCACCACGCCUCAGACAUCCCGGCGUUUCACCCUCCAACUCCCCCCAGACCUCAGCACAGCAAUCAUCCUCGCCAGGAAAGCCCGCAAGCAAACCGCCACAACAACCGCACACGCCGCACUCCUUACGACCUUGCGCAAACACGCCCCCAUCUCCGGCCGCUUCAUCUGUUUCACGCCCUUCGAUCUGCGCACCCAUCUCCCAUCUCCCAGCCCCAUGGAACAGCGCCCCUGGGGCCUCUGCCAUCCACCAUACCGGAAAACCAUGCAGUGUUGA